AUGAAACUGAGUGUAUAUCAGAAGUGGCAAAUUGUGAUUUUUGUUAUAUCAUAUCUAUGCAUAGUUGCUAGACAUGCUGGGCUUGAAGGAUGAUUUAUGGUAAAAUCUGAUGUCAAUGACGACUUGGGGUUUUCGACGACAUGACUCGGAGCUAUGGACUCAACCUAUUUAUUCUGCUAUGCUACUGGCAAUUACAUUAGCGGAAUUCUUGGAGAUUCAUUCCCUAUACGCAUUGUUGUUCCUAUAGGGAUGGCUUUAGGUAGUUUCUGCUAUGUUAUUAUUGCUAUCCUUGGGUUUUCGAAUUAUGACAACCCUUGGCUUUUUGUAAUCAUAUUCGGAGCAAUCGGUCUUACACUAUCUACAGUAUGGCCAGGUACAGUAUAACCCCUGAAAUAUUUUAGAUCAUUAUUGACCAUCCAUUUUAAUUUUCAAAAAUCAUUUGCACUUGUCAGCUUUUUUGAAAAGCAAAAAAAUCUCAGUUUAUGGUUUUAAGAUACCUAAUCAUAAUUAGACUGUAUAAAGCAGAUAUCCCUAGGCAAUAUUUUUUUCUAGUCGGUAUUCUGCUGUAAUAUAGUGAUCUAUUAUUAUGCAUAUAUUAUAUCACUAAUGGGUCGUUGGUAUUCCUCAAAACACACGGGCAAAGUUUUAGGCUUAUGGAGUUCUAACUCCCAAGUUGGGAAUAUUCUGGGAGCCCAAAUUGCAUCUAUAAUCUUAUCAGUAAUCAAUGCUUCAUGGGAAGUUGUAACAAUAACGACGACGAUUUUUCUAAUAAGUAUUGCUAUGAUCUUUUUAACUCUUGCAAAAGAAAACCCUAACCCAGAAUGGCUAUUAGAAGAAUCUCAAGCGUUUUAUGAAAUAAAAGACCAAGCACCCUCAAACCAAGAGAAAAAAUCAAUCUCAUUUUUACAAGCUUGGAUGCUGCCUAGAGUAGCGAUUUAUGCAUUUACAUAUGCUUGUGUAAAGCUCCUCAAUAUGUCAUUGGUCAUGUGGUUGCCAUUCUUUUUGGAUAAGCAAAUUCAUGUUGAUAAAUCGUUAAUUGGAACAAUAGCAAACCUGUAUGACAUAGGAGGACUGGUAGGAGGAUUUGCAUUUGGUUGGGUGACAGAUAAAAUGGGAUUCAGAGCUCCAGCCCUUUGCUUAAUGCUUAUUGGAGGUCUUCCAAUCUUCGGAAUCAUUCAACUUAUGAAUUCAGACAUAUGAUGGAUUUUCUUUUUUAUCACUUUCUUAUUAGGAACUCUUAUUGCUUCUUCUGAUAAUUUAAUUUCAGGAGCUGUGGCAACAGAUUUAGGGAGAAGCGAUAGCAGUCUAGGAAAUAAUGAAAAUGUAAUAGCGACUGUUGCUGGAAUUAUUGAUGGGACUGGGGCUUUAGGAGCAGCCAGUGGGCAGAUUUUUAUUGGAUAUUUAGCUGGUUUUAGUUGGGCCUAUGUAUUUAUCUUUAUGUUGUGUGUUAACUGCUGCGCUGUUAUGCUUCUAAUGAAAUUCGCGAUAAAAGACACUAAAACUAUUCGAGCUGAACGAAAGAAAAAUAAAAAUUCAAUAAGUACUAAGCAAGGUGAAUAA